AUGACGACUUCAGGCAUCGACAUCGGCCCUUUUGCCUCGUAUCCAGCCACGGAUAAGGGCGGACUGAGCUUCAUCCUUGACGCAGGAACAGCUGUUGAAAAGUCUAUCAGCUUCAGCUUUUCUUCUUCUUCCUCUCGGAUGGAUGAGCAGAGGAAGUCCUCUGUACUUAGAAAGGAAGAAAAAAAGCAAAGAAGAAAGAGCCGGAGGGUUGUUCUUGUCUUGAUCCGCAGCGGAGGCAGAGCCAAAGUAAACAAUCCAACGGUUUCCUUUGCAUUCUUCACUCUCUUUCAUAUUCUCUCCUCCCUUCUCUUCUUUGUUUUUUUAUCCUCUCUCUCUCUCUCUCUCUCUCUUCUUUCUUCUCUGUCGUUGUCUUUUUUUCGUUUUGUUCUUCUUUUUAUGCUUCCUUUCUUUUUCAUGCCAGACCCUCCCUCCCCCGGCUGCGAGUAG